UGUGCUGUCCUGUGCUGUCCUGUCCUGUCCUGUCAGAGGGCAGUGGUGCGCAGCUGCGGUAGGUGUUCCCGCACUCUCUCUUCUCCCAUCUUACUGCACGCACGCACUCUCUCGUCUCGUCUCUCGUCCCUCCUCUUUCGCGUGUCGACUCUCUCAACUCACGUUUUUUCCUCUCUCGCCAACCGAGUCUGCGUCGCUCAUCUUCCCUCGCCCAAACCCCUCCGACUCUCAAUUCUAUUUCUUCCUCACUGCCACCAACCAAUUUCUCUCCCUCUUCCUCAAUCAUCUUCUCUUUCUACAAAUUGUCUUCGCUUUCGCACACAAUUCCACUUCACGAUUUCAGGACUCGAUUUUCGAGAAAGUCCUCGCUCUCACCAUGGCCACCACCCAAUCUUCUCAACCCGUCCAAGGCGACAAUCUCCAAACUCCAAAAACACCGUCAACACCAUAUCGCGAUGAUUUUAAUCUCACUCCUAACACGAAUACCACGACGUCUUUCGCCGACAGCGGAUUCUUCUCCUCUCCCACCGGAGACCCAUGUCACGGCACGGGAUACAAAGACUGGGUUUUAUUCCCCUCAGAUGAGGGAGAAGAGGAUGGUAGUUUCGGCGACGGCAGUGGAUUUUUGGAUACGAGGGGUUUCUUUAGGGAUGCGGAUGAAUGUGUGAUGAUUGAUUACGAGUCCGAUGUUCAUCACGAGGAGGAAUAUUCGCAAAAUCCUACCACGACUGCAAGCUCAUCACUCACGCUCGACUCCCACGCACCAUAUUCUCCACACACAGAACUCGUCAAAGCGCUUGAGAAUCACCACAUUUCUUCAUCACCACCGCCCAAAUCACCUAAACUACCAAGAUCAAAGGACUCCGAAGACGAGGAAAGCGAAACAUCCAUGCUCCAAAUCUGGCAACAGCGCUCAGAGCGCCACGAACUGCUCUCCUACAAAUUCGAGCAACCGCCCUACACUUCGCGGGAACAUCUGUUGCCGGUCUUCAGGCAGUCAUCGAGAGUGAGGAAGAAUGGUGCGGUGCGACCUUCACAACGGAAGAGUGUUCUUAGAAAUUAAUCGGUCGGGUGCUGACGUGUGCGUGUGAGUGAUAUGGGAAGGAGUUUUGCUUGCGAUGUUUUCGUUUUCUAGGUUACGAGGUAAUGAUGUUGAAGCUACGAUACGAUACCAAGAUUG